GCCUCUUCGUCGUCUCCUCCCUUUCCCCAUCUGGCGUCGAGAGCGUCGUGUCGAUCGAGGUGGUGCUCGGCGCGGCCAUGGCGGACUACCACUUCGUGUACAAGGACGUGGAGGGGGCGAGCACGCAGUGGGACGACAUCCAGCGCCGCCUCGGGAACCUGCCCCCCAAGCCGGAGCCGUUCAAGCCGCCGGCAUUCGUGCCCAGGGUCGACGCCGACGAGCAGCCCAAGUCCAAGGAAUGGCUCGACGCGCGGGAGCCCGACGAGCUGGAGGAUCUCGAGGACGACCUCGACGACGACCGCUUCCUCGAGCAGUACAGGAAGAUGAGGCUUGCAGAGCUCAGGGAGGCAGCAAAGGCCGCGAAAUUCGGCUCCAUUGUGCCUAUCACUGGCUCCGAUUUUGUCCGAGAGGUCUCGCAGGCUCCACCAGAUGUCUGGGUUGUGGUCUUCCUCUACAAGGAUGGAAUACCAGAAUGUGGGUUGCUUCAGACUUGUCUGGAGGAAUUGUCUACAAGAUAUCCUGCAACGAAGUUUGUUAAAAUCAUCUCUACAGAUUGCAUUCCCAACUACCCAGAUCGAAAUGUGCCUACAAUACUUGUGUACAAUAACAGUGCCGUUAAAGGAACUUGUGUUGGUCUGCAGAAGUUUGGUGGAAAGAGAUGCACACCUGAAUCUGUUGCAUUGGCUCUUUGCCAGUCAGACCCAGUUUUGAAUGAUGGUCAAGGUGGCAAUGAUUCAUCCCGGGACAAUGUGAUAGAAGGCGUUCGCAGGAAGUUCAUCGAAAAGGUUGUUGCCCAGCACGAAGAACGGGAGGAAGAAGACGAUAGCGACUAAACAUAACUCCCUCCUACUUUGUCUCCGUUCACUGAUACUAUUGAUAAUGUGUGUCAAGUUUUGCCUGAGGUGACUAAUCGUUUUCCUAUUUGGCCGUCUGUCUGAAAAUGCUAAAGCUGCUAUUUUUACAAUGGCUGCAAUGCAACUAGCAGCAGCUUGCAGUGGUAGUGUAUCAUUGUAUCCUAGUGUUCUUGUAUUUGAGAUGAUUCUGGCAACUUGCAUGCUUGCAGCUAAAAAUGAAAAUGGAUAAUCUCAUGGAAUUUGUUCA